UUUCCGAAGGAACUCCGUUGUUGCUUCAUAUUGUCUAUUGAAACGAGCACCAACCCACUCUCCUUCGGCCAAGCGCCAUCUGUUUAUUCCCUCAAUAUUAUUCUCAUCAUGGACUUGCCACGAAAGCCGGAAGCUUGGAGGAAGCUGUGUGCCACCCUUGACGUCAAGGGGUUCGGGGGGGUCUCUGGUUUAGCCGACGAGAGGCUCAGGCCGGGAUCCAACAUCAAUUCGGAACAGUUCAUAGCUCUCAGGAUCCUAUGUCCCAAUCAGAAGAACGGAUCCCAGCUGAAUAGUAACCUGAAAAAGUAUGUGGACCUGACGACUUUUGAAGAGAUGAAAGAAAAGCUGUCCGCAUCGCGAGAAUGGAAUCAAUUUCUCGCCGCCGUGUCAGGUGAAAAAAAAAUUCCUGGCGACCUCGGGCAAUACGCCACCGUUUGGGAGUAUCAAGUGAGAGCUCGGUGGGGAACCAGUCGGAGCGGUUUUCAAGCGCUAGUAUGCUCGGACCCGGAGACGAGCGUUGCUCACCGAACUCGAAGUAAAGCUCAACCACUCCCGCAACCAGAACGUCCAAGAACCCCACCUCAAGCGACCCAAAGUAUUAAAGCUGAUGUUGAGGAAAUCAACAAAGCCUUGGCCCAAGCCGGCUUGGGCUCGCCGAUUCAACUGCAUUCGCAAUUGCUGUCACCGGUGAGUCCCGAGCAACAUCUCUCCGGAGAUCAAGGCAAUGAGGUCACCGUCAAUACGGCUUUGAUUCACUUUUGCUCCACGUUAGACUUGUUUAAUCUGGAGAGAUCAGGUUUGUCGUGGUCUUACGAACAGAAAGCUUUCAAGUUUGUAAUGCACAACGGGGGGAAUUUUGUCGCAAGGGUUGACGGCAUUUUGGAAUUGGUUGAUAACAAGCAGCCCUUGGCAAUUGUUGAAGUCAAGGCAGGCCUGCGUGCGAGGCAGCAAAGCCGUAUUGUGUGGCAGGAAGGUGCCGAGUUAGUCGCGUGGAUCAUGAGUUGGCUACCUUUCAAUUGGGACGAGAAGGGGAACGAAAAGAAGACAUUCAGGCGCCUGUUGAUAAGCCAAGAUCACCACGAGAUGUACUUUAUCGUAGCGGAGUUCACAACAGGCUGGAUCAAGCACAUGCUCGGGCAUAAAAAUGUUGGAGACGACUUUCUCUAUAUGCAAGAGUACGGUCCUUUUCCAACAAACAGUCCAACCCACCUCCUAUUUUCCGCCGCAAUGGUGUUAACAGUUACAAAACAACGAGGUCUAUUGGAGGAUUAGGACAUGUCUGCGUCAUGUUUACUUGAAAGAAUAUAGAUAUUUCCUUUGAUUUCCCAGUUUUACUAUCUGUAGGAAACGCCUAUAGCUGCGUAUCAAUUGUAUCCGCUACCCCAAACUGUAAUUAAUCUUCCCAGUUCCCUAUGUAUUAAUGUGUCCAGACUUUAUCUGGGAUGUUAAGGGGAGGUGGUCGAGGUUGCCUUUCCCAGUAC